ACUGAGCUGCCCUGCUGCCCUGAGCUGCAUGGCCACGGCUCCAACCCAAACCCAUGCCAGCAUGAUGGGAACGGGACGCUAAGAGGAUCAGGGCAUCCAUCACAUGUUCCUCAGCCGGGAAGGUCAAUGAUGGGUGUGUUUGGACUUCUGUCUCCUCAGGCUUUGGCUCCAAACCAGCCCCAGAGCAUGUGGGGGUAGGGCUGGCUGGGAUAGGGCAGGAGGGGAUCUCAGCCUGAGGGCAUGGCAAGGCUGCUAGCUGCCCUGUGAUCAGAGGCAGAUCAUGAGGCGAGAGGUCUGGAAGGGACAGUGGCCCUGAUACAGCGCAGGGACCUCGUGGCUGGUGGCAUUGCAGGGCAUGUGACUCCCUUCAGCAAUUCCUGGCUCCUCACUUGCCCAGGAACACCAUAAAGCUUCAGAUGAGUUUGGGCUGUGUGUGAGGGCCAGAGCUGCCUUCAGUUCCCUCGCCCUCCAACCCACCCAUGUGUGUAUCCUGCACACCCCUCCCUGUUCACACUCCCAGGGAUUUGGCACUGAGGUGAUGCAGGACACAUCCCUGAGUCUGGCUUGCAUGGGUGCCACAGCCAUCUUCCCACACUGGGUAACUACCUUCUGUCUCCCCAAAUUCCCCCUGCAGUUUCAAGUGGAUGUGGGAUUCUCCUUCUCUUCCAGUCCUAGUCUGUUGUGUAGCGUUGCUGUGCGCUGCCCCGCCGCUGCUGCCUUCCAGCCCAGAGGUGGCUGCAUUGCAGUGGUGGCAGCUGAUGGGGACCACAUUACUGGAGUGCCACCCACACCCUCUGCCAUGCCAUACGCCAGUGGGUGCUUCCCUCCCCUCUCCCCCCUGGGUGAGUACCAUACCCUGGCUACCAUGCUUGUGUGCCCUGGGGCAGGAGGUGGCUGCAGCUCACAGGCUGUAUCUGCUCUCCUUCCAGGCUAUCAUGCUGACUUGAAGCAGGAAGGAGCUGAGGGAAAGGCUGGUUUUCCUGGUGAGACGUCCCUGGGGAUGGCAAGAGGAAACCAAAUGCUGCCACUGGCUGCUGCAGCCACAGGCUCCCACGGGACAGCAGCCAUGAGUGAGCAGCCAGCAGCCAGUGAAGAUGCAUCAGACACAAGCCUGCAUGGGUCUGAUGUGACGGGCUUGCUCCAGAACAUCCAGCAAGUGCUGGUGCAGAUCCUGCAGACGUCACGGCAGCAGCAGGCACUACUGGAAAGCCUGGCCAGCGAUACAGCCUCCCACUUACACCUCCUCUCCCACAGCCUCGUGCAGGUGGGCAAGACCCUGCACCAACUCUUGCUACAGACCCAUCCUGGCCCCACUGGCCACUCUGUCCCCCACGUGCCCCAUUUUGAAGGUGGCUCUGGAGUGCCCUGCUGCCCUGGUGCUCCCCACCCUUCUCCAGAUCAGAAAGAGGAGCCUCAGCUGUCCCCUGAUGCCAGGUGCAUUCCCCCCGGGAGUGCCACCAUUACUGGCCCCAGGAGCAACGACAUUGCUACAAAGCCAUGGCAUAAAUCUUUACGUCAGAGGUUCCAGAUAUUUUGAAAGUUUAUACUAGAGAGACAUUUUCAUAAAAUUAAAAAUAGCUUUUCUACCA